AUGUCGACAAGACCGCCCUCUCGCGUCGUCUUUGUAGGCAACAUUCCCUAUGGACUCACUGAGGAGCAAAUCACCGAUAUUUUCAGCAGCGCCGGCAAAGUCGAGCGAUUCCGUCUUGUGUACGAUUCUGAGACUGGACGACCCAAGGGAUUCGGAUUCGCAGACUACCCCGACACCGAUUCUGCUUCUUCCGCUGUGCGCAACUUGAACGAUUAUGAGAUCAUGGGCCGAAAGCUUCGCGUCGACUUCAGCAAUGAACAAAAGAGUAGCGAUGACGACAAGGACCCAGGCACAUCUGGCUACAAUCAACACGUCUCCAACGGCGCAGUUCCCAGCUACAAUUCCCAGCCCAGUAACCUUCCUCCUCUGCCAGCUGGAAAGGAGCUUCCACAUGGCGUAACGUGCACCGACGCUAUUUCACGAACGCUCGAGACCCUCCCUCCCCCUCAGCUUCUCGAUAUUCUCUCCCAGAUGAAGACACUCGCGACUACCGAACCGCAGCGCGCGACUGAGCUUCUCCAGCAAGCACCUCAGCUAGCAUACGCUGUAUUCCAGGCUCUGCUCCUCAUGGGACUUGUCUCCCCCGAAGCGAUUCAAUCCGUCGUUGAGCCCGGAGCUCCUCCUCCCGCUGCUUUCCCUCCCGCGCCUAUGCCCGGCUUCCCUGGUGUGAGUAACACUCCGCCCGUGGCUGCCAUGCCAUAUCAAGCGCCUCCUCAACCCUUCGCUGCUCCUCCGAUUGCGGCUGCUGCACCACCCGCACAGGACCCUGAAGCCUUGAUGCGCGCAGUUAUGAGGCUUCCCCAGGCUCAGAUUGACAUGCUUCCCGAGGCAGAGAGGCAGCAGAUCUUGGCUCUUCGAGCUACGUUUGCUGGUCAGCGAAGGUAA